UAUUUUGUAUAAUACACCUAUUAUUAUAAUGUAAUCAAAUAAAAAAUGAUUUAUUUUCUACUACAAACGAGAAUAAAUGUAAUAAAAAAAUGUUACGAAUCAUAAUUAUAAUCAUACAAAAACAAACUACUGUUACUCGUCACUUGGCGUGAGGCUUGUUUGUAUCGUUAUAGCUCUUAGGUUAUAUGUACUUAGCAUCAUCAAUGCCAUCUGUCAAGUUAAAUUAGUGACGUAUUAAUUACUAAAUAACCUAAAAUAAAUAUUAUUAUUAUAAAUUAUUAAUGGCAGCGAUAGAUAAAGUUAAAAUUAUUGUGGUUGGUGAUUCUGGUGUUGGUAAAACAUCAUUGACCCAUCUUAUAUGUCAUCAACAACCAAUCAGCAAUCCUUCUUGGACAAUAGGUUGUUCUGUUGAAGUGAAAUUGCACGAGUAUAAGGAAGGUACACCUAAUCAAAGAAGAUAUUUCAUUGAAUUGUGGGAUAUAGGUGGAAGUCAAAACCAUAAAAAUACAAGAUCUGUCUUUUACAAUCCUACAAAUGGUAUAAUAUUGGUCCAUGAUUUAACAAAUCGUAAAUCGCAACAAAAUUUACAGAAAUGGUUACAAGAAGUAUUGAGCAAAGAUGGAAAUUAUUCAAAAUCGAAAUCAUUCGAUGAUUUUGAUCCUGAAAAAUUUGUAGGAUCGACUCAAAUUCCAAUAUUAGUCAUUGGUACAAAACUUGAUUUAGUAUCGGAAGUAAGAUCAAGCAUGCACAGACGUACUUCAACUAUUGCUGAAGAAUGUGGAGCUGAUGAGAUAUUUUUGGAUUGUUGUCAAGUGAGGGCAUUGGCAGCUGGUUCUAGUUCAUCCGUAAAACUCAGCAGAUUUUUUGAUAAAGUCAUUGAAAGGCGUUACUAUGCUAUUAGGGAAGGAAGUAGUUUAGACAAACGAAGAUUGACCACUUAUACAUCAACAUACAAUCCAAAACUUUAUCAUAAUGAUUAAAAAUAUAGUUGUUUAAUCCCUU